GCUCCAAACUCCAAACAUGGCGGCGCACAUGUACCCGGAAGUCUAGUGUCGGAUUAGCCUGUGCAGAAGUGGCGAGACGUUGUCCACAUCUAUAUUGAAUGGAGUUCGUAGUGUUCGCGGUGUGCGCGGUUUUGUUUCCGUGUCUGCUGUUCGUUAUUCGGUUAUAUGUCGUGGUGAAGACGGGACCGGACCGGCGGCCUGGAGCCAAACACCAGGUCGCUGUUCUCGUCGUUGCUGGAUCAGGUGGACACACCACAGAGAUCCUGAGGUUGAUGGAGUCCCUGUCAGCAGCGUACGCACCGCGACACUACGUCAUCGCUGACACAGACAGAAUGAGCGAGGAGAAAAUCUGCAGCUUUGAGAACUCUAGACAAUCGUCACAGUCAGAGUUCUCCAUCUGGAGGAUCCCGCGGAGCCGUGAGGUGCGUCAGUCCUGGAGUUCGUCCGUCCUCAGCACCUUCCAGGCCCUGCGGUCGUCCCUUCCUCUGGUGUUCAGACUCAGGCCGGACAUGGUGCUGUGUAACGGUCCAGGGACGUGCGUCCCCCUGUGCGCCGCAGGACUCCUGCUUGGAAUCCUGGGAAUGAAGAAAGUCCUGAUCGUUUAUGUUGAAAGCAUUUGUCGGGUGCAGACGCUGUCACUCACAGGGAAGAUCCUGUAUCCAGUGUCGGACUAUUUCUUUGUGCAGUGGGCCUCUCUGAGGGACAAGUACCACAGAUGCAUUUUCCUUGGAAGGAUCGUGUGAAAAUGUCCCAGGGACAAAUAUAAUGUGCUGCUGUUGUUCUGAAUGAAUGUUUUGUCUCUGUUGUGACAGUGUCAGAGCAUCGCUUUUAAUCCCAUGAGUAUCUCCCCAAUAAGGUGGGACCUGGACUUUCAGGUCUGCAGCCUGAACCACGUCCACGCGGGCGUAGCUGAGUCCUGAGUGGACGGUGGCUUCUCCAGCCACAUGCUGCGUGUCUGAUGUGUGUUUGAAUCGUCUUUACUUGAAGUACGCGGGGAUUUAAACGCAGCGAGGUAAAAAUCACACACCACAACUUAACAGUUUAUACUGAUGAAAUAAGAGGUUUUAACAGACUCAUAAAUCUUUCUUGUCUUUGUUAGAAUCUGCUCAUGUUCUGAUGGUGUUUUAAUUAGAACAGAAUGAGCAGUUGUUUCCACUACGUUUGUGUUAAUGCAAAUAAAAACUGUUUCUCUUUGUGAA